UCUUCAGAGCUCAGCAGUUCUACAAUCAUGUUUCUUCCUUUAUUGCAAGUCAAGAAUCAAAUUGAAGAAACUUUUUGACAACCUAUCAAAGCAAUACAACUUCCUCCACUAAGAAAGAACAUUAAAAAGACAAUGAUGCUAAUGAUCUUUCACAUAUUCUGAACUCUCAUUCACCAUUCAAGAAGAUUGACCUCCAGGCAGAUGUUCAGCAGGAGGGAUGCAUUAACCGUUUAUCACACCCUCAGUCUUCUCUGUGCAUUUGGGAUACUCAUAUUCAUUACUCAGAAUAAUGUUGCAUAGUUUAUGGCUACUCCAAAGCCCAAGAAAUUGAAUUCUAGUCAAAAUGCAACAGAUCUGAGGCAUAUCUACUAAUUGUACAACUCUGAGUGAUCUCUGAGAAUAAUAGUUGUGGUUUUGUGAUUUUGAUAGUUCUGAUAGUAGUCAGAGCCCAACUGAAAUAUUUCCUGAAGUAAAAGAAUCAGAAUGUUAAUCCUUCAACACAAAUAUAUUUUUAACUCUGAGUGUGCGGGGAAAAAGAUUUAAUAAGUAAGAAUAGCCCUAAAUUAGAUUAAGCAAAGCAGAAUCAUCAGAGUGUACACUUACAACAAAAGUGUAAAAAAGUGCUGGAAGUGCUGUUGCAAGCAAAGCUAACAAAAGAUCAUGCUUUAAUGACUUAGUAGGUCUUGAAUCAUCUGUACCACUGUUUGCCAAACAGAUGGUUUGAAUAGAAAAUGUAAUUGAAUCUGAAACUGCUGAAAGCAAGAUUAUGCUUGCCCUAAAGAAAGAGCAUGCUGUGUAACAUAAACCAAAGCUUCAAUAUUUUUGCUCACAAGAAGAGUGGCAGAUAUAAAGGAAAUAGCAACAGAUAUCUUUUAAGCACUAAACUGUGUACCAAAAUGGCUCAGAAGUUAAUGAUUUGGGGCAAGAGCUCCAUCCAGCAUCAAAAUAAGAUAAAAAAUCCUAUUUCUCAUUCUUUAGGAUUGCCUCACGAAGAGACUAAGAUAUCUUCAAAACUUCAGAAAAAUAAUCUCCAAGAGGAGAAAAAAUGCUUCCAGCAUAAUGAUCAGAGUUCUACAAAGCAAGUUUUUCCCUGUAUUCCUCCAAAUUCUGUUACUUUGAGAAAAACAAUGUCUCCAUUGCCUGUUGGACAAGUACAAUCCCCAGUAGACCAUUUGAAUCUGAAAUACAGUGACAUGUUUGAGGAAAUACAUUCUAAUGACAAAGGUCCUGGCAUUUAUGAAAUGUUUGGGACUCCGGUAUAUUGCCGUAAGCCUGAUGGGUGUGGUGAGAAUAAGAGUAACAGGAAUGUGCGUUCUGCUCCAACUGGAUGGCAUAAUGAUAUGAAAUAUAAAUCCAACUGCUUCAAUGGGAAGAAGGGUAGCAGAAUAAAAAUUCCCCAGAAGAAAACAUAUUCUAAAUUUCAUAAGGAUGUUAGUAUUAAACCAAAGUUGAAGGAGAAGGAAGUUGCACCAAAAAAGGCGUCCAAGUUAACAGGUUGCAGUCUAGAACAAGGCAAAGAUGUGACUCUCUCUUUUGCUGGUCUGCAGAUUCAGCCAAAAGAGAGCACUGAGUCCAUUUGUGAAGAUACCGAUCAGCAAGCUCAGAUUUCCAUUGAGUUUCCUGAACUUGCUAAGCAAAACAAAGUAUUUCCUAAUUCAGGCUUGUCACCAAUUGAAGAAGCAUCAUUGGAAUAUACAUCAGAUAAUUAUGAUGAUGGAAAUGAAGAUAAUGCUUUUCCUACGAAAGCAUUUGCCACCAAUGUUCAGGAGUUACUUUGGCCAGAAGUUAAAGUUCAUGCAGAAUAUGCUCCUUUCUUAAGCUGUGUGAAAAAUACAAAUGAACCAAAUAAUGCAAACAACAGUAGGACUUUAAGGGAUGGAGAAGAAACAACAGCUGAUUGCCUUGUGGAGCAGGAAACAAGCCAGAUUUUACACUAUGAGUAUAAUCAAAAGCUGUCCGCAUCCUUUUUUACAGACCAAAUAAGCUCACCUUCUCUAGAAAAUAUCAGGGUAGCAAAUAUGACAACUGCAUGGACUUACUAUCUUGCAAACUCAGUCUCUCAGUCAUAUACAAAUAUGUUUGAUUAUAAAGAUUAUAAGGAUGUAACAGCAGACAUAUUCUGUUGCUCAGUUGCUCAACUGCUUUCUCUGAGUGGGACAGAUGGCAACAAUUCUAGCUCAAUGACCAGAAACAUAAAUGUGGAGGCACAAAGUGGAGACUGGAGAAUAGCAAAAGUUAAAAAUAAUAAGAAUCUUUGUCCAGAUUUCAUGGGAUAUGAGGAAGGAAAUCCACUUUUACAUGAAACUGCAUUUUCAGAAAACAGCUUAAUUAACCAAGAGUCUGUUUUGUGGACCAAAGGUGAAAUCCUUGGAAAAGGAGCAUAUGGCACAGUAUACUGCGGACUUACAAGCCAAGGACAAUUAAUAGCUGUGAAACAAGUAGCACUGAAUGCAUGUGACCAAGCUGGGAAUAAAAAGGAAUACCAGAAACUGCAAGAAGAAGUUGAGAUUUUGAAAAACUUAACACACAUCAACAUUGUAGGGUACUUGGGAACAAGUUUAGAAGAUAACAUAGUAAGCAUCUUCAUGGAAUUUGUUCCUGGUGGUUCCAUUUCCAAUAUUAUUCAUCGCUUUGGGCCACUGUCAGAAAUGAUCUUUUGUAAAUAUACAAAGCAAAUUGUACAAGGAGUUGCAUAUUUACACAAAAACUGUGUGGUCCACAGAGAUAUUAAAGGAAACAAUGUUAUGCUUAUGCCUAAUGGUAUAAUCAAACUCAUAGACUUUGGAUGUGCAAAGCGCUUAGCGUGCGGGAGUCUGACUAAUCCACAUAGUGAACCACUGAAAUCUGUACAUGGCACUCCAUAUUGGAUGGCACCAGAAGUUAUAAACGAAUCUGGCUAUGGAAGGAAAUCAGAUAUAUGGAGCAUUGGUUGCACUGUUUUUGAGAUGGCCACUGGAAAGCCACCAUUGGCUGCCAUGAAUAAACUAGCAGCCAUGUUUUACAUAGCUGUUCAUAAAGGACUUAUGCCUUCACUACCCAAACAUUGCUCAGACGAAGCAGUUGAUUUUUUACAUCUAUGCUUAACAAGGUAAGUGAUGGUAUACCUAAAAUUAGAGUUUUAUUCACAUUAAAACACAUAACAAUCAGGUUUAUUGAGUUUGAGCUCCUUAAAAAGAUAAAAUAGUAGUUUAUAUAUCACAAUUCAAUCACAAUUAAACUCACAUAACAUGUUAAUCUUUUCUGACCUUUGCAGUUAGGAUUGAGGAUAAGCCCCUUCUAUACAGUGCAAGCUCAUAUAUCCUUCAGUUGUGUAUCAUGUCUUCCUCAAAAGCCUCUGGGAUACCUGUCAGGUAGUUAGUUCAAAUCUUUUUAUAGGCAGGAAUGUGCCACUAAUUUAAUAUAUGGGGAUCCUUGGCUCUUUAGACAUUACUGAUUUGCAAUUCCCUAUGUUCCAUCCUAUUGGACGUACUACCUAGAAUUGUUGUAGGAUAUAAUGACAGUUAAAAGGCCAUAGGUCCCUCACCCAAUUCUAUGUAAAUAAUUAUCUCCCCUCCCCUCUGUACAAGCAUACUUAAUACUCUUCCUCCCAUUUCCCCAACAAACCUGUGUUUGAGAGAGGGGCCCCAAGUCACCCAGUAAGUUUUCAUGCUCAUGGCACAUCUAGAACUGUGUUCUGGUUUCUAGUCCAGCACCUUCACUAUUGUAUCAAAUUGAUUUUCCAAAACCUAGUUUUCCUCCAGCGUUGCAAAUGGAUUUCCUUUGAAAAUAAGAAAAAAUCCCUUCUCCUCUCUCCCUGUAAUCAUCUUUGGGUCCAUAGAUUGAUUCAGAAAACUCCUAAAAUUUCUAGAGAUGUGAGAGCUUCAGGGACCAAAGAAACAUCUCCUUGGCAUAAAUUACUUUUUAGCAGAAAACUACCAUGUUGUGAGCCAUGUUGGCUCAGUGGUUAGAAUGCAGUAUUGCAGGCUGACUCUGUCCACAGCUUGGAGUUCAAUCCUGAUCGGCCGAGGAAUGACUCAGCCUGCCCUCCUUCCGAGGUCAAAUGAGGACCCAAAUUGUUGGGGCCAAUAUACUUUGUAAACCACUUAGCACUAUAAAGCAUCAUUAAAUGGUAUAUAAGUCUAAGUGCUAUUGCUAUAUUCCAU